AUGAAGCUCUUCAAGGUCGCGGACACGCCCAUCGCCGACGAGAUCGCCAACUACCUGGGCGUCGAGCUCAACAACAUGGAGGUCAAGAACUUCAACGACGGAGAGACCAGCAUCGUCGUCAAGGAGAACGUGCGCGGCAAGCGCGUCUACAUCGUGAGCUCCACCACCACGGUGGACCGGUUGAUGGAGCUGCUGCUGUCCAUCUCGGCCAUGCGCCGUGCUUCGGCCAAGAGCAUUACGGCUGUAAUCCCGUUCUACGGCUACGCACGCAUGGAUCUGAUGCACAAGGGGCGCGAGCCGAUUGCUGCCGCGGACAUUGCUCGUAUGCUGGAGACGAUGGGCGUGGACCACGUCGUGUCCGUGGACCUUCAUAGUGCGCAGAUCGAAGGCUUCUUCAAGCCGCAGAUCCCGGUCGACAACCUCCAGGCCUUCCCUGUCGGCGCUGUGUAUUUCUCGGAGCAGCAGGGCCUCGAUGACCCGAUUGUUGUGGCGCCACACUCGGCCGCUGUGAACCGUGCCGCCAUGUUCCGUGAUACGCUGUCGCGUACGAUUGACGAGUUCGUUCCGCUGGCGUUUGUGAUCCGCAAGCACCAGCUUGACGAAGACCAGCCUGGUGAGCUGGUCGGCGACGUGAAGGGCAAGGACUGCAUCGUCGUGGAUACUUUGGUGGACACUGGCUCCACUCUGGUCAAGACCGCUAAGGUGCUGAAGGCUAACGGCGCCAAGACCGUGUCUGCCUUUGCUGUGCACGCCCGCUACUCUGCUCACGCCAUGCAAACGCUGCAGAACUGCAAGGAGCUGGACAAGCUGGUGACCACCAACACGAUCCCCGUGCACAUGAACUCGGACGAGGUCUCGCCCAAGAUCGUGACGCUGUCGGUGGCCCCGUUCAUCGCCGAGGUCAUUUCGUGCAUCCACAUGAAGAGCUCCAUCAUCCAGGUGUCCAAGACCAAGUCGCAGUAG